AUGGACCGAGAAGCUCGAGGUGGCUCGAUCUAUGAGAUCAGGACGUGGUGGCAACUGCCUGGUAUGGUAUGUGGCAAUAGAAGCAAGAGAAGCAUGAGGUAUCUUAUCGCCUUCUUGGUUAGGGCUAGGGAGGAAGGUCUUUCUUUUGGCCUUAGUGAGUUCCGACAGCUCGUUCUGGUGAAGCGGAACCAGCAGAACCCUGGUACCUUCCUCGUGUCUCCGUGCCCAGGUCGCCACAUCAUCGAGGACAUCCCUUAUCGUGAUGAGAAGUGGCGCGAACAGUUUUUUGUUUUCAAGAUGGAUCGAGCAUUCAUGGGUGAAUUCGACUUCUCUCGACUUCCUCGGCGUUGGGCCGAGAAUAUCACUACUUCUGGAAGCUCCUCUAUGUCAGAUGAGAUUCGUGGUCUCAUCGGGAUUCUUCGGAGAGUUCGUUCGAAUUGGUCGACGUUUAACCAAGCUCGGAUUCGAGCUGUUUUUGCUAUGCCGGAGGGGAACGACAGGGCUCCUUUGGUUGGGGGUUCUGAGGACGAGGCCGAACACUCCCGUGAAGUCGUAGCGACUCCUUCCGUUCAGACCCAGUUUUCAGAUCGAUUAACCAGACAGCUUGUGAGGAGGUCGUCGUUCCGCACUUCUGGGUCUGCAUCGAGGGGCCGAUAUUCUGGAAAAUCUCCGAUGAUCUCGAUUCACGACUCUGACGAUGAAGACGUAUCGGGAGAGAUGCGGCCUCCUGUCUCGUUGAGCCCGGGCUCGGAGGAUGAGACCGUUGUGAAAACUCGCAAACGACACCGAUCGUCAGAGGGUGUCUUGCCCGGUUCAUCUCACCAUAGGUUUUCUCCUAAGGGAUAUGGUUCUUUGUUUGCUGCCCAAAGUGACUUAAUUUCCCUCGCUGGUCGUAUGAGGUCUGCGGGUUGCCGUCUCCCAUCUCUUGCUUCCUCAGCCGAGAAAGAAGCCUAUGCCAAGGUUGCGGUGGCGAGUUCCAAGGUGAUGGAAGCUUUUAACGAAUACGUUGUGGUGAUGGAAGAUCACGUCGUGGCUUCUCGGAAUGACGAACAGAUCGUGAGCAUCGGUUCCGAGAUCAAGAGGCUUUCGAAGGAGCUCGAAGCCACCAAGCGAGAAGGGAAGAAAGAUGCUGAACAGAUCGAGGCUUUGACUGAAGAUUGGAGAAGAAUUUACCUGGAGAACGAAGCUCUUACGACCCAGGUGGUUGCUCAAAAGUCAAGAAUCGCGGCGCUUGAGGUCGAGAGAGAUCGGGACAUUCGUCGUGCUUCUCGUAUUGCUCGUCGUGCUAUUGCGACCCGGUACCGGGAAAUCCUUGAGUCCUUGAAGGAUAAAUGGACGAGCAAGAAGAAGGAAGUGUCUGCUGAGAUCCAGCUGCAAGAAGUGAUCACCAACAUUGAUCUUCUGAACGAGCUCAAGGAUGGGGGUCUGACUGUGGACGCUGAGCUUGCUCGUUUAAAGGAGAUGGAAGGAGAUUGUGAGGAUCUCGUCGCUUCAGCCGCCGUGCUGGAUUGGUCGAUCUCCGAGCUUGAUCUUCCUCAAGUCUCAAAUGAUUUGGCGGAUCAAAUCGGGGGGUCGUCUGUCCCCGAUAAUUCCAUUACUAGUUAA